UCCCAACAUGCCGAUAUUGUUGAAGAGUCUUUGUCAUUGCUGAAGACAGAUGAAGCCACACCUGUCAUUCAAUUGGACACAAAAUUACCCACACUGCGGGAUAGAUCUUUGUGGUGGCUCAUUGAUGGUUAUCAUGCUAUCAACAAGCCUAACAUGGUUAAACAAGCAUUUUUUCAGUGCAAGGCUGGAACAGCAUCCAAUCUCUCCUUUGAGAGCAUGACCAGCCAUGAAGCUCUUCAUGCACUGCGUGAUGUGCAGAAAAAUGACACUGUGACUUGGGACCAUGUGAAGACUGGUUCAAUAUAG